AAACUUACUGAAGACACUCGGGGGUUCAUAGAGCGCUUGGCUGUCGAUGGAGCCUCUGCGCACCCAAACCAGCUUUUCUUGCUCGGGAACGCCUUGAGAAGCAAACAGAUACAAGAAUUCUCCGAGCACUUCACCUUGUAUGCAGCAGCAAAAGGCAUCGAGUUCGCCCAGGAGCAUCCGGGCGUGCGCCUCCUCUCGAAUCUGCUCGGCAGCCUUCCGCUGGAUGACUCCGUAACGCAAUACAAUGGGAUGCAGCACAUAGUCUUUCUGGACAUGUUGCGCGGCCUUUUUCCAAGAAUCGCCCUGUCAAAGAAAACAACUUCUAUACUCUAUAAAAGCACAGGCACUAUCAUCAAAAUAGGGAGCUACACCGGAGACAACUGCGCACCCACAGCAAACGCCAUUAUGAAGUACUUUAGAGAGUACAAAAAGCAGGCGCGCGAGUCUCUUUUCGGGUGUUUACAAUUAAAAAGCUUUAACACCAUCUCUAGCAUGUUUCCUGUUUUGCUUGCAGACAAGUCAACACGCCACACAGACGAAAUUCGCGCGCUUAUUAUGGAUGUGGAGGAGAAAGACCGGGAGAGGGCACUGGACGCCAAGGUGGUCUUCGACCUCUUCGUGUUCUUCGCCAGCUUGCAAGAUGAUAGCACCCCGCACGAGCUGGUGCUUGCUCUGGGCAGCAGGGUUGUGCCAAGGUCGAUACAGGCAUACAAUCGCAACAAAUACGUGUUUUCUAUCAAAAGCCAAGCAGCCGCCGUGAUUCUGGAGGCUCUGAACACGUACCAGAGUGCCCUGCUGGAGAUGCCUAGCGGAGAAGAGGUGUUCAAAGGCAUGCAGGGCAUACUCCAGUAUUCCAUAGACCAGAAGAGAUAG